CAUGCUUUCGUUUUGGCUCGGCCGUUCAGAACAUUUGAAAUGCGUUGUUUAGAAUCGAAUUUUACGACAUUCUAACGUAAUUAGAACACUUGCGAUGGAUGUAGACUGCGAAUUAGAUGGCGAUCUUUUAACAAAAUUUAGUUGUUUAGGGACCACGGAUCACGAUGUUCUAAUUAAUGAACUUCAAAGACUGUUGGAUUUUCAACUCAAUCCGUCGGGGUGCGCUUUCUUCCUCGAUAUGACAAACUGGAAUCUCCAGGCAGCAGUAGGGGCUUAUUAUGAUUUUAACAGUCCUCAAGACAAACUACCAAGUAUGGCAUUCAUUAGAGAUGUGACAAUUGGAGAGGGAGAGUCUGUUCCACCUAACACAGCCUUUGUGAAAACAUGGAGAAUUCAAAAUAAUGGCAUUAUUGCAUGGCCCAAUGGAGUGUUUCUAAAAUACACAUCUGGUGACCAACUGGGUCCUGUAAAUUUGGUUUCUGUUAAAUCUCUGAGUGCUGGCGAAUUUUAUGACCUUAGUGUGAACAUGAUAUCACCUGCGAAAACAGGCAUGUAUCAGGGUCAGUGGAGGAUGUGUACACCAUCUGGACAGUAUUUUGGGGAUGUUAUAUGGGUCAUUCUAUGCGUGGAUGAAGGAGGAUUGUUAGGACUCACACAGCAGCUGUCAUCAUUAGGAAGGGAAAUGAACUUUCAUGAAGGAUCCAACCCUUCAUCAACCUCUGCUAAUCCUUUUGGACUUUCAACACCUAUCUCGAUUUCCCCACAACCUAUUUAUUCUGUUCCCCAUAACAGCCCAGCUAAUGGGGUUAUCCAUGUUUCACCAGCUAGGAGAUCACUUUUUAAUUCCACGGUCAGUGGAGAGAAUCUAGAACCUCUCAUCUCACCUAGUAUACAAGUUGGAUCAGUGUUCCAUAGCAAAGAAGAGGAAAGUUUAGUGAAUCAAUUAAAGGAUACAUCUCUAUUACAAGACUCAGAUAUAGAUCAUUCAUAACAAUUACAUGGGUGUUUGUGAUUUUGAACAAUUGUGGGUUCUGUCCAGUGGUGGAAUUUGCCAUGGUGACAACACUGUAGACAUUCAAGGAGUACUAAAUUAAAUUCUUACUUUGAUAUUUGCUCGCCCAAAUUUUGGCAAUUAUUCAAAGGUUGUGAACAGAUUUUUUUUUUUUAACUGACAGCUGAAAAGUCAUGAUAUACAUGUAAUACUCUAAACAGGAAUAUUUUACCAGACCUUAGUUUGGUAAUUCGACACAAUUUCAUGUAAUCGACCUGACAUGAUUAAUUUGGCUCAGUGUUGUUUCAGCCAAGAGAACAAAGGUACCUUA